AAGUAGGUAUAUGCUGCGCUUUACUUACGGUAUAGAUUCAGCUCUUUGUUUUCUUUUCUCCUUAUCAAGUAGGUAAAGUAGGUAUAUGCCGCGCUUUACCUACAAUAUAGAUUCAGCUCUUUGUCGCUCCGAUCUGUUUUCUGUUCUCCUUGUCAAGUAGGUAGAGUAGGUAUAUGCUGCGCUUUACCUACUGUAUAGGGAGAUUCAGCUCUUUGUUGCUCCGGUUUGUUUUCAGUUCUCCUUGUCGAGUAGGUAAAGUAGGUAUACGCCGCGCUUUACCUACUGUAUAUGGAGAUGGAAUAGACAAAAGAAUGCAACAAGAACUGGAUAGUUUUGUAUACAGAGACUCUUGUUAGUAUGGGAUUUUCUUUCUUGUUAUUCAUUGGUACCCUUCUGUUAUCAUGUAUUCUUGUACACUGUGGUCCUCUUUCUUAUCAAUCGUUAACUCCGAAUUUCACUGCAACAAAUUUCAAGUUCAUUGAUACUAAUGGUGCCUUCUUGUCAUCGCCGAAUGGAACUUUCGAAGCAGCAAUAACAAACAAAAAGUCACAAGAAAGAUCGUAUUACUUUGUCGUAAUUCACUCUGAAUCACAUGUAGUUGUUUGGACAGCGAAUCGCAAUUUGCCUGUAUCUGAUUCAGGUGAGUUGCGCCUAUCUGUCGAUGGACUUACUCUCUUUGAUGAUUCAGGUGACUCCAUUUGGUCGACAAAGACAUUUCAUUCGCGCAGUAGUACUAGUAGUCUUAUUAGUUCUAUGCAGCUUCUUGAAUCAGGGAACUUGGUGCUGGUUGAUGCUUUGAAUAAUAGUGUGUGGGAAAGUUUUGAUUUUCCGACAGAUACAAUUGUUGUAGGCCAACGAUUGCCUGUUAGGAGAUCGUUGGUUAGUCGCGAGAAAGAAGAUGAACUUGCUGAAGGGGACUAUGAACUCGUGGUGACGGAGAAUGAUGUGUUAUUACAGUGGAAUGAAAUGACUUACUGGAAGUUAAGUAUGGAAACUAAGUCUUUCAGAGAUACAAAUGCUGCGGUGGAGUAUAUGAUGGUCAAAUCCGAUGGAUUGUUCCUUUUCGGGGCUAAUGGAACUAAGACAGCGAUCCAGGUGGUGUUGGAAGAGGUGAAAUCUCGUGAUUUUAGGAUUGGUAAGUUGGAAGGGAAUGGGCAUUUCGAUGUCAAGCGAUUUAGUAAUGGAAACUGGAUGUCUGAAUUCGAUGUUCCUUCUGAUAGCUGUCGUGUUGCUUUCACUUGCAAGAAGCUCGGAGUUUGUGAUGAAGGAAGUUGUUCUUGCCCACCGGGAUUUCGUAUUAGUUCUGAGGUAAAUGGUAGUUGUGCUCCAAUUGAUAGAGAUUUGGUAAUGGCAGUUUCUUGUAAUGCAUCUUUGAAUGUGAACGCUACUGAUUUGGGAAAUCGCGUAUCGUACUUGAGGCUGGAGAAUGGGAUGGACUAUUUUGCUAAUGAUUUUACUGAGCCUGUGAUGCAUGGUGUUAAUCUCACUGUUUGUCAAGAUCUUUGUUCUAAGAAUUGUUCUUGCCUGAGUAUUUUUCACGAUCAGUCGUCAGGGUCAUGUUAUAUGAUUGAAAAUUUUCUUGGUUCGAUGUUUAGGGGCUCGGAUUCUGGUAGUGGAAGAGGUAGAUUGGGAUACGUUAAGGUCACAUCUGAUCCGUCUUCACUUGAUCGAAAUGACAAAAGUGACAACAGCUUUAGAUUCCCCCUCGUUGGUCUGGUUUUACUUCCUUCCUCCGGUGUUCUCCUUAUCAUUUUGACGAUAGCUGGGAUACUAUGGUUGAUGAGAAGAAAAAGAUCUAUGCAGAUUGCAGGGAAAAGGCUUGGUCGGGCGGAUUCUUCUUCAUCGGAUGAGUUUGAUAGUAUUUCCAUACUGGGAUUGCCUGUGAAGUUUGACCAUGAGGAGAUUCGGGUAGCCACGGAGUGCUUUAGUACUCCGAUUGGUACUGGUGGAUUCGGAACAGUAUAUAAAGGUACUCUCUCCGAUGGAACAGUAGUUGCUGUCAAGAAGAUGAAUUCUCUCGGGGCUCACGGGAAGAAGGAGUUCUGCACUGAGAUCGCGAUUAUUGGGCGAGUUCAUCAUGUUAAUUUGGUGAGCUUGAAAGGAUUUUGCGCGCACAGGGGAGAAAGGUUUCUGGUGUAUGAAUAUAUGAAUCGAGGCUCAUUGGACCGUACCCUUUUUGGAAACGGACCUGCUUUGGAGUGGCGUACCAGAUUUGAUAUCGCGCUUGGAACAGCACGUGGGCUCACUUACCUGCACGGUGGUUGUGAGCAGAAGAUCAUACAUUGCGAUGUGAAGCCGGAGAACAUACUCCUCCAUGACAACCUGCAAGUAAAAAUAUCAGAUUUCGGGCUUUCCAAGCUACUUAAUUCUGAGCAGUCUAGUUGGUUUACGACAAUGAGAGGUACUCGAGGCUACUUAGCUCCCGAAUGGCUGACUAGCUCAGCCAUAACGGAGAAAUCAGAUGUCUACAGCUACGGUAUGGUUUUACUAGAAAUAGUACGAGGGAAGAAGAACUCCUCGUUCCAACCACCGAAUAUCACUACUUCUGAAAGCGAUAGUAGUGAGAGCAAUCGGCUUUUUCCCAUCUCAGCGAACCAGUCAAUCUACUUCCCGUUAUUUGCAUUGGAAAUGCAUGAACAGAAAAAGUACCUGGAGCUUGUGGAUCCGCGGGUUCUUGGCCAUGUCAAAAGUGAGGAAGUCGAGAAGCUAGUACGCGUGGCUCUGUGUUGUUUACAUGAAGAUCCAACUCUCCGACCAACAAUGGCCAACGUUGUUGGCAUGUUAGAAGGUGUGUUGCCUUUGGCUAUGCCACAAGUUCAAUCACUCAAUUUUCUGCGAUUUUAUGGUCGUAGAUUCACUGAAGCAUCGAUGAUCGAGGGGGUUCAAGAGGUUAAUGUGUUUGAGUUACAUCAACAAAACAGAAACUUUAGCAGUACUACCAGUAGCUCUUACAAUUCCUUCUCAUAUAUGUCUUCACAGCAACUCUCAGGUCCAAGAUAACACUCAAAAAUGGUCCUCCAUAAAUGCAUAGCUUCGGAAGGAUCGGACACACUCUUGACCAUAUUUUUGAAGAUUCCAAACAACAUAAGAGUAAAUCUGCUUUUUAGCUCAAUAUGAUUGCUAUACUGCACUAUUAUAGAAGUGUGUAUUCUUUUGAACUUCUUGUAAAUAUAUAUAAAUUUAACAGCA